ACAGAGAGAGACAGAGCGGCUGCAUCUGCCCACAUCUGCCUGCACUGUGCACCGGGGGAUGAACACCCGUCAACGGAGACUGAGAGCCAGUAUUUUUCGCUAGAGAUUUUUUAAAAUUCCCGUCGAUUCUGUGACUGAGUAUUCAGAACAGUCGGGAAAAUUAGUGUAGAUUAGCUCGGGGCUGAUCGACUGAGGGAGUGAGAAAUUUGGAUCCCUUUUUCGGUGGAGGAGAUUCGCGUUUCGGUCUGACGGCCCAGAUUGCCGUUACGAAUUACCACGCGUCUGUGAAUUUGACGGUCAAGUGUAACGGUCAGUUGUGACGUUUUCCACUUGAUUUUUAAGAAUUUUUUUUCGUCGCAAAAAUGCGUCCGGACUCGAGAAGUGUCUCAUUCACGUUCCACCGUGAGGUCCUCGCGGACCGCUCGCCCCAGGUGUCCCAGAGCCGCCGCAACCUGCGCCAGAGGCUCCAGGACAAAUUCGAUAAAGAGAAAACGGAAACGAAAGAGAAAUUGAGCGGUAAAUCGGAGCCAAGGGGGUGGAACAAUUUGAGUCUCGGGAAUGUCUCGGCGGACUCGCGGAGGGCGUUCAGAACUGGGGCGGAAAAACUAUCGAAAACAAUUUCGUCGGUUAGGACAACCCUUGGAACAAUUUCACAGAAAUUUCGAAGCUCGACAAGAAGGCGACAGAUCCUGGACGAGCAACAGUCCCCAAUGAACGGUGGAUGCAAUUCAGCAACUCCCCAGACUCGUUCUCGUUGCCUCCUAGGUCGCACCCCGACAAAGCUCUACUCCCCAUUCGGCAUAGAGUCGCCGAGGCACGCCUGGGGAAAGGAGAACGACUCCUCACCAGAAGCAUCAAAAUCCACCGCCCCACGAGAGCCCCUGCGACCCUUUCGCUUCAUUAAAUCUCGAGGCUUCUCCGCCCUCAGAUAAACCCAACCGACAAAACGAAUCAUGAUAAUAACUAGUUGGCUAGCUACUCGUGAUUAAUAUUAAGGAAUUUCUGAUGUCGGUGAAUUUAUCCUGUGAAAUUUUCUAUCUAUUAUUUAUACGCUAGCUUGUAAGAAUUAUCGAAGACAUUGAACGAAACAGGCUUUUACCUUUGAUACUUGAAACAAGGUAGCUAUUUGUCCCAUUUAAAUCUACAUUUUUUUUUAAAUAAUUCAGUAUUGAACUGUGGAGACCAAUGAUAUUGUCGCACGUAUACUUUUUUAUGCUUUUUAUAUUGUUCUUGGAGCAGAAGAAUAAAACAGUAUCAUCUUAACGUU